AUGACUUUACUAUCGAUGGGCAGCGAAAGCAACGCUUCAUCAUCUCCUGAGCGCUCGUCUCGCGACGGAUCCAUUGANUUCACAAAAACAGAUAUGACUUUACUAUCGAUGGGCAGCGAAAGCAACGCUUCAUCAUCUCCUGAGCGCUCGUCUCGCGACGGAUCCAUUGAUGAGACGCUCAUCAGAGAGAUUGAGGCGAAGAAACGGCGAGAGUUUGAGAUGAGGAGCGGAGUGAGUGGCAGAUCACUACCAAAGCCGCCACCGCUUAUACCACAACAAUCCCGAUGUGGUAAUAGUCAGACAACGACCACAACAACAACACUAGCGCUCAUCUCUUUGGACGAUAAGGAACGACACGUUCAGCGCUCACCACUCUAUGGCUCAUUGCCCGUGGCUUUCAUGAAGCCUACCAGCGCUGAGCGCCCAAUACUAUUGCCUCCACCGAUGGCACAGCCAUAUGGCGAACACGACUCUUCAGUAUCGUCUUCUUCUUCUCGAUCGUCGUCGUCAACCCCUCCCUCUCCCUCUACUCCUCACGCAUAUCAUAGACUCUCUGCACUAUCGCCAGUCUAUACGAUGCCAUACAUUAGUGCCGGCAAUUACCAGCGCUCAGGCAAUUGUGGCGCACCUGUGCUCUCGACAACAACUGGUACGCGCGACACGUGGCACGCGCUCCACACCAGCCCCUCGACCCCCACUCCCCUCACCAGCGCUGGUAUGAGCGCAACGGCACAGCACUCACAACACAGUCACCACAACUGCUGUGUCAAUGUAUUGCCGCUGAAUAACAGUUGGCUUCACCACCGCUCCAAUGGCAUCGAUAUUAGUCCCUACGCUGUAAAUACAGGCAUGCAUUCAUACGUCCGUCAAUCACGGGUCGGAUCACCCCUUAUGCCGCCCCUCAGUAUCAGUCCAUCGCGUUUGGAGAACACGCCUAAUGUGUUGAACGCCCGGCGCUUGCAUUCCGGGAACCAAACCAAAGACCAGAGCCAAAGAUCGGGACCCAAGAGGAAAAUGUCCGAUUACUCCAUCGAGUCUAUACUCAAUCUGAAACGAGAUAACGACACCACUUAUAGUCAUAAUUAUAGUCACUAUUACAACAAUAUUCAGUCAAAGCAAUCGCUGUUCCCGUCGUCGCCGUUGACCGACGAACCCAUGAAUCUGUCGAAGAAGAGGCUCAGCACCGGCUCCCUGUCGUCCACGGGCUCGGGCUCGUCAUCGCCGCCGCUGUCCAUCUACUCGGCCCUCAACUCACCCCUCGGCGCCUCCACUUCGCCGUCAUUCAAGUCAAUGAUUCCGAUGACACUCUUUCACCACAAGAGCGCCAAAAGUCGUGUCUAUCGGACGCUCAACAAUAAUGAGCGCACCUUUGAGUGCAAACAGUGCGGCAAAGUGUUUAAGAGGUCGUCCACUUUGUCCACACAUCUGUUGAUACACUCGGACACCAGACCCUAUCCCUGUCUCUUUUGUGGCAAACGGUUCCACCAGAAGUCGGACAUGAAAAAGCACACGUAUAUACACACCGGCGAAAAGCCACACAAGUGUGUGGUUUGUGGCAAAGCGUUCAGUCAGUCAUCGAAUCUGAUCACACAUUCCCGCAAACACACCGGUUAUAAGCCGUUUGCGUGCGAACUCUGUCCGCGAGCUUUUCAGCGCAAAGUCGAUCUGAGGCGACACCGAGACACUCAACACAUCCAUAACCCGGACCUCAAACUUCACAGCGCUUUUGUCUUCAAAUAAAUGCCGCAAACAAUUUGGUUUCACAUUUUCCCAGCUUUUAAUUAUACCAAACAUUCCCAUUGAUUAUUGCAUUUAAUUAUUAUUGACAUUUUAUUACCC